AUAAUGCCGUGUUCAAGUGCUCAAACACGCCUUCCCUAAAUACCCUCAUAUAAUGGCAACGUAACCGCGAGCAACAUCGUGAUGUGAUGGAGAUCAGCGAACCCACUAUGCAACCAUAGUCCCCGGGGCAGGUGAGUGGCCCCAGUGUCACAUGGCGUCGCCAAAGUCUCUUAUGCGAGAGAGAUCCCCUCCCUCUUCUUUCCCCACGCGACUCUUUCACCCAUCUCUGUCACGACAGACAAUACAAUGUUGCUCCUUGCCAUCCUGGGCGCGGUUCUACCCGCUGCCGUAACGGCGAUGGAGUUCUUCACCCCGCCAGCCUUCGGAACCAGGGGCGACUUCAGCAAGAACCCCACUUAUGUUGAGUUGUCCACGGUUGAUCUCCACUGGAGCGCUCCUCCCAAGGGCUUGCCCUAUUCCGUGACGUUGUUCCAGAUGAACGGAACCGAGACCACGGGACAGUUGGAGCAUGUCACCCGCAGUGUCGUGGAAAUGACGGGAUGGCGGUGGAUUGUCGCGACGACAAAGGACCUGGACGUAUCCAACAUGUUCAUGCUGAUCAUCUUCGAGGAGGGCACAAGCAAUAAUCUCGCCAUGAGCCACUACUUCAACAUUUCGAGACGCGGAGAAGGAAUAUCCAACUUUCAGCAGCCGUCCGAGACAACCACGAAGCUCCCGACCGAAACCACGGUUUUCCUCAGCCCCGGGCUGUCGACGACCACAGCAACAAGCGACGGGCCUGGAGCAACCUCUGAUGCUGGUGGCACAACCAAAGAUGAGUUCCCCAACCAGCAACCUGCGGGAGCCAGCCCAACUGGUCUGUCCACCAGUGCUGGCAUCGGUAUCGGAGUCGGAGCAACAGCUGUUCUCGCCAUUGGUAUUGCCAUUGGUGCGUACUUUCUCGGUCGACGGCGAGGAGGUGCAAACGCGCAGGCUCAAAAUGCCGAGGCGGUUGGGCCGAUUGCUGGAAGUCCAGGUCAGGGCAGCGGCACACUUCACAGCGGUGCAUCGACGCAGGCCGUUUCACCAGGAGCAUAUCACCAUGCCGGACAGUAUCCAGUCGAAGCCGAUUAUUACAGUCCAAAGAUCGAGAUGGAUAACCGUCACUAUAUUCCAAACACCCAUGUCCAUGAGGCGUUUACCAACGAGAAUCGAAUCGAGCUGCCAGCCCAGGGUCAACAGCACACCGAGCUGAGCAACAGGCCAUGA